UUGACAGCCAAUUAUACUAAAUACAAUGGCACUGAUGACAUACCCUCAGAGGCCAACAUUUAUCAGCUUGACUAUCAGAAAAAAGUCAUCCAUUCUUUAAUCAUUUUAAUUUGCCUUCCAGGAAUUAUUGGGAAUGGAACUGUCAUACGAGUUUUGUAUUCCCAGAUGAAGAAGACUCCUUUCACUAUCUAUAUCCUCAAUUUGGCUGUGGCUGACAGUGGGACUCUCGUAUUGCUAUUUAUUUCCGCAAUUUGGCACAUAACUACUGAAAACUCCAACCUAGAAAUCAUAGAAUGUUUAGUAUGGACUUACUGCACUGGUCAAUUUCUUCUGACAAUCAUCAGCAUUGACCGGUGUUUGGCUCUCUUCUUCCCAAUUUGGCAUCGAUAUCAUCAGCCGCCAUACCUCUCCACCAUACUCUGUGCCGUUACCUGGAUCGUCUCUUUUUCCUUCUGUGCAAUUAAUUACACUUUGAUUUUAGUUAAAGGCUCUCGAAGCAUCUGCCAAUCCUACCACAUUUUUAUAUAUACCAUUUUCUGCCUCAUGUUAGCCUCUAGCCUGGCCCUCUUCUUCAAAGGCUUCCUUAAAUCACAGAUGAAGAGGCGAGGAAAGCUUCUCAAAGCCACCUUGCUUGCCUUGAUUUUCUUCCUCAUCUUUUCUUUUCCGCCGAUCGUCAUUUAUCUCAUCAAUCUGAUUUCCAACGACAAAUAUUUCAAUUUAUUUACAUACGGCUACUUAUGUGCCUGUCUAAACAGCAGUGUUAACCCAUUGAUCUAUUUUUUCUGGGGAGAAAGAAGGAACACCAUUCUACGUUUAACCUAA